AUGGAUUCAAAGAUCUCAAUCCCUCUGAAUUUGAGAUCUGACCAGUCGGAUCAAGACCCUCGAUUGGUCAUCAAACGCCUAGCCCAUAUUCAUCAGGAACUCUUACCCAGAAACAGACUUGCAUCUACUGUUUGCGUUGACCGUAACGGGCGACCGUCCCGCCUAGUUCGAUACUGGCUUCCACUCUCUUUUAUGGUCUUUUCAACAAGCACCAUAUUUAAUUUCAUAAAAAAUAGGCGCAGUAUGCUUAUACAGUCAGUGGUUGAUGCAGUAUCAACAUCCAUGGAUUUCUGGCAUAAUUGGGUUUUGGGCCCUCUUCGCAAACUGAUUGGGACAAUCAGACACGAUGAAACCAGUGAAAUCGCAAUUAUGAGCAAGAACAGUCUCGAGGCUGACCGUGCUAGUCUAGAGAGAAUGGUUGUUGAUUUUAUUCGCGAUCGUCCUGGCUUGCAAGACGGCGCAUUGGUGGCAGAUACUGAUACUCUAAUGCUAAGGGUGAAGGAAGGCGAUUUAACACCUGUCUUGAGGGCCUAUGAGAGAGAUUUACGAGCACCAUUUUCAGGGGCUAUAAGAGGAGACCUCGUUCGUGCUCUGUUGAUUCAAAUCCAAAAAACGAAAGUCGACGUUGAAAUAGCAAUGAGUGGCAUUAAUGCUCUUCUCAAAAGUCAAGAGCUUGUUUUUGGUUUUGUUGGCCUAACGCCGGGUAUAUUGGUUUCAUAUGCGGUUUUCGUGUGGACAAAUGGCCUUUUCAGCAACCGAAAGGGGCUGCAGGUUGGUAAAAAACAAACCGAUUUGAGGCGUGCCAUGCGAAUCAAGUUGUUACUGAUUGGAGACUCUGGUGUUGGGAAAUCAUGCUGUCUUCUACGCUUCAGCGAAGAUUCAUUCACACCAUCAUUCAUCACAACAAUUGGUAUCGAUUUUAAAAUCCGCACAAUUGAACUUGAUGGGAAACGAGUAAAGCUCCAGAUAUGGGAUACAGCAGGCCAAGAACGCUUCAGAACAAUUACGACAGCAUACUAUAGAGGGGCGAUGGGAAUACUUCUUGUUUAUGAUGUCACUGAUGAGCGUUCAUUCCAAAAUAUUCGAACCUGGUUCUCAAACGUCGAACAGCAUGCAAGCGAAGGUGUUCACAAGAUCCUGAUUGGUAACAAAUGUGACUGGGAGGAGAAGCGGGCUGUAUCAACUGAACAGGGACAACAACUCGCUGAUGAACUAGGGAUUCCCUUCCUCGAGGUUUCAGCGAAAAACAAUACAAAUAUUGAGAAAGCAUUCUUCAAUCUUGCUUCGGCUAUAAAGAAGGGUAUGGACACCACUAAAUCCGAGCAAGUGAGCACCCAAGGUGUGAGUAUAGAUCAGCAAGGUUCAGGCGUGAAUGGCAAUGUGGGUGGGAAAUGCUGCUGA